AGCGAACUAAAUUGCCUAUCAAGACUUGAGGCGCUAGAAAUCUGGGAAAUCGCAAACAUGUCGACGCCUGAAGAGGCUGAUCGUUUGGAAAAAGCUGCUAGAGCUAAAGCCUUGUUGAAGAAGCAUCAGAGGAAGAAAGCAGCCCCAGGAAGGGCGCCGACACCACUGUCUAGCGUCGUUUUCCAGAGUCCUCCGGACACCCCGUUUUCCCCGGCCCCUUCCGAAGCCGGAGAUCUUUCAGAAUUUGGAGAGCUCAAGCAAUCACCUGCUCAACAUAUACCCCAAUCCUCGUCCGAAUUACCAAGGCCUGCCCAGGCGACGACUCCUACCGCGCAGAUUUCCCCACCAUCGCUUUCAAAUGGGCAGCCCCACGCUCAGUUAGAGAACCAUCAGCAAACAAUCUCCCUUCUGGUGGCUGAGAAGACUUCACUUGCCGCAUCCCUCCAAAGACUUGAGGAUGAUAGGGAGCGUGUGCUGAAAGAUCAUUAUUCACAACUCGAGGCUACAGAGACCGACUCCCAGAAGCUGAGGGAGCAUAUUGCGUCAUUAAAUGCCAAGUUGAGAGAGGUACAGGAGGCAAAGUCUCUUGCGUCUGCGCGAGAGGACGAAUACGUGGCCAAGAACCUUGAAGCGGAACGUGAAAUUUCAUUACUCCGUACAUCCCUGAGUCAGAACACUCAGUUCGCCAAAGACCUCGAAUCUCGGGUGAAGGAACUGCAAGAAGAAGUUAAAGCAAAUGGCCAGGUCGAAGCUUUGGAGAAGAGCCUCCGUGCAAGUCAAGAGCGGGCUGAGUCUCUUGAAUUCCAAUUAUCGAAAUCCAAACAGGCGCACGUUAAACUGAAGGGAGAACUCUUAGACUUGGAGUCACGACUCGGAAUAACAGCAAAAUCGGCAUCUGAGUCGCAGUCGAAACAUGCGUCUCUCUUUGAGGAACUUAUUACGGCGCAGGCUUCAUUAUCAUCAAUGACCGAAGAAAACAAUGCGCUCAGAACGGAUCUUGAACGGGCUCUCGCCGAUGUGGAAAUGGCGCGUAAAGAAUAUGUGGAGGCCAGUACUCUUCAAAGUGCAGCUUCUGCCAAGCUUGUUACGAUCCAGCAGCAACUACAGGUCGCGCAGGCGGGCGUUGCGGCCGCCGAGAGACGAGCCCAGGGUGCUGAGCAAGCACAUCAGGAGCUUCAGAAUGAGAACGUUCAACUUAUGGCGUCAUUGAACGAGAUACGACCCAAAGUCGUUGAUCUCACUCAAGAUAAAGUUACUCUUAGCGAGGAGAAAGGGCGAAUGCAACGCACCAUCAGCACUAGAGACGCCACAAUUGCGCAGCUGGAAGCCACCGUUGGGGAACUGCGUUCCAGUUUGGAUGAAUUUAGAACCGUUUCUCAGUCAUCUGAGAAGCGCUGGUUAUCCGAGAAGCAGGUGUUGGAGGCCAAUAUAGGCGGUUUGGAAAAGGCGCUUGUGGAAAUGGAAGAGGAGCUUCACAAUGCACGACAAAGUAUUCAAGAGUUUGCCGCUGGUCGAACCGUCCAUCAUAAAGCUGUUACGCAGUACGAGGACACCAUUGUGCGACUCACGGAAGAAGUUGGGAGAUAUCGAAACGAUGUGGUCACCGUUGAGCAAUCCCUGAACGAAUCAAAUCGCGCCUCCGAGGAGCUCCAAGAUAUACUCUCCCGGAAUCGAUCAGAAAUCGAGUUGUUACGAACCGAAGGGCUUCAGAAAGAUGAGGAGAUUCUUCGACUCAAGGAUCAAAUUUCCAUACAGAAUGCCCAACCAUCAUCAUCUCUUCCUCCAACCUCUUCAAUAGAGAACGAGUUAUUGGACAUUCAACGGCAGCAACACGCAUUAGAACUCUCCACCUCACGGUCACAGAUACGAUCACUGGAAAAUGCCCUCUACCUUGAACAGACAAAGACUCAUCAACUUCAACGCCAGCUGGGAGUUCUCGGCGACGAACUGAAUGCUAUGACUGCUCGUCUGACCUCUACACCCCAAAUCCCACCCCGCCCAUUAUCUGCUGCGUCUGCCUCGUCGUCUAAUGCAUUCAUGCGACCUACAAUUCCAAGACCACUCAAGGGACUGGACUCCGCGCUUACUCCUGAAGCGCGACAUAAACGUAAAAUCAGCCUAAGCAUGCUAAAGGCGCGUAUUGACUCGGAGCGCGAGGCUCAUGCCGCACGUCCGGUCACUCAGGCUUUACCACCCCUUACCGCGAUGAAGGAGGAAGAAUUAAGUUCGCCCUCCACACAAUCACCUCGAGCACCCUUUAAUCUACCCGAUUCUGAUCCAACACAUCCCCGUUCCCUUUCUCGUUCACAAUACUUCAGAGACGAAUCUCACAUUUUCUGGUGCCAUGCAUGCUCGGGAGAUUUGGUCGUUUUAUAAUCCCCAUUUCAGAUUCUUAUACCCGCGCUUGGGUCUCAGAUCAUGACACCACUUUUUCAGGAUAGAUGAGACUCAGCUCGUUAUUAAUCGAAUAUAAAUGACAACCCAACAAAAUACAGUACAG